AUGUGGCAGAGGUCUCGCCCCCUCCAGGCCCUUCCGAUCCCUCUCAAAGCCACUUCAUCAGCGGCACAAGCUGUCCUCUUUCAGCAGGAUUUACGUCAGCCGCUCACACACGUCGGGACGUGGUCAUCUUUCCCUCCGCUUACCUGGAAGUGGCUCGUAGAUCAGGCGUCAUAUGAAAAAAAGCAGAACAUUACAAUGACACAAAAGCCUGACAACAAUAGCACUGGUGGCUUUGUCGGGAACACAAGAGCAGCAUUGGGUUUAAUUAAAAAGUCAUCCCAGGUGAACAAUAAGCAGGAAAUUGCCCAGGUAUUGUCUCCUUUUGUCCCAGAUUGUGACGGAGGUGUGGUCGGGGAUACGGGGGCUCGCAUGUAG